AUGGUUACCCAGCAGAAAUACCAGUCUGUAACUCUUGGAGAGAAGAAAGACCAAACAAGUACCAGCAAUUUUGUUUCAGAUUUUGAUCGAUGUCCAAACGCAGUAAGCCAAAAUGUACCUUUUUUCCUUGCCCUUCUGUAUUUCUGCAGUUGCAUCAAACAGUAUCUCAACAACAUAGGCAUCUAUGUCUUUUGUCUAUGCUCUCUUAUUUCGUCUAGUUUGAACUGUGAGAGUUUGGUGCCAAUUUCGAUGUUAUUGGAGCUUUGUAUGGGUGGAAUAUCCUUUUUGCAUAAUUCAUAUAAAGUAACCAUUUUGUUUCUUCAUUGGACAUCAAGAAGAAUGGCUUUGAUGCUAGUUUGGCUUGCAUACAAUCACUCUCUUGUAUUAGCGCCGGCAUUUGCUCUUGGCUUCCAACCGUCUUUUUGUCUACGUUGGAAAACAACCCUGCUGCAAAUCUUCUAUGACAUAAGGAUAUUUUAA